UUGAAUCAAGAAAAGCAGACAACAGUCGAAGAAACAUGGCUAUGGGAAAACGAUGUUCUCUGUUGCUAACGUUGUAUCUGUUUCCGUUGACUGUGAUCGUCGGAGCUUCGGCAAGCGGUUACGGGUAUGGCCCGAACCCGAAUUCAUAUCAUUUGAAGAAUAAGUAUUUUCCUGAAGUUUUUAGUGUGCAAGGAAUCGUUUACUGCAAAUCUACCUCCGGAGUUUUCCCGCUCAAAGGGAGUGUUGUAAGAAUUACAUGCUUAGGACUCGACAAAUACGGGUACGAAACGGCACCGUUCUCCGUCUUGAGCCGGCCGACAGACGCCAACGGUUACUUUCUAGCGAAGCUUUCAUCUGAGCUGCUAGAAGCCGACGGCGUUAAAAUUGUGCAGUGCAAAACCUUCCUCCAUAGCUCCAAGAUGAGGGCUUGCCCCUACGCCACCAACAUUAGCAGCGGAGUGAGCGGCGCGCCACUCUCGGCUUAUCGGAUGCUCGGCUCAGCCAACAUGAGGUUGUACUCUGUUGGUCCUUUUGUUUACACUUUUACCCCUCAACAAACCACACCUUCGCCUUAUUAAUUAAUGACAACGCCUGUUUCAUCGUCUUGUACCUUACAAUUUUAUUUAUUUAUCGUAGACCUUGUUAUUUAAAUUUUACUAUCAUUCUGUUUAAUCGUUGAUUUAGCUCAUAAUUUUGAUAAUACGAGAUGUUUAAAAA